CAUUAUUGCACCAACUUCUUCACAUCUCAUCUCAACCUGAAACAUGGCUUCAUUUUCUAUCCUUCAUUUUCUCCUCACUUCUCUCUUUUGGUCUUUUCUUUUAGUCUCAUCUAAGUCUCUGUCUCACCCCCCAAAACCAAAUCUAUUGGUCCUACCAGUUCAACAAGACCCUUCAACUGGACUCCAUUGGACCAACAUCCACAAAAGAACCCCGAUAACGCACGUCCCGGUUCUCAUCGACCUCAACGGCAAACACGUAUGGAUUAACUGUGAACAACACUACUCAUCUUCAACCUACCAAGCACCCUUUUGCCACUCCACACAAUGCUCCAGAGCCAAUGCUCACACUUGCCAAAACAACACGUGUGUGCUCAUUUCCGCAAACCCCAUCACUCAACAAACUGCCGCGGGUAAACUAGCCCAAGAUGUCCUGGGCAUCUACGCCACCAGCGGGUCUAAGCCCGGCCCAAUGGUUACCGUCCCACAGUUCCUCUUCUCUUGUGCACCAUCCUUUUUAGCCCAAAAGGGCCUACCAAACAACGUUCAAGGAGUUGCCGGGCUUGGCCAUUCACCCAUUUCACUACCAAAUCAACUUUUUUCCAAUUUCGGCUUACAACACCAAUUCAGCACGUGUCUCACUCGCAACCCAAAUUCAAACGGAGCUAUACUCUUUGGGGAUGCACCGAAUAACUACAACAAGAACCCGAAUAUCUUCAAGCAUUUGGUUUACACCCCAUUAACAAUAACCCAACAAGGAGAAUAUCGAAUACAAGUUACCUCCAUAAGAGUUAACCAUCACAAUGAGAUUCCAGUGAGUGGAUCCAUCUCAUCAAACUACCAAGAAGGUGUUAUAGGAGAAACAUUGAUCAGUACCACAAUUCCUUACACAACACUCCACCACAUUGUGUAUCAGGCAUUAAUUCAAAUAGUUGGUGAGCAGAUUCCAAAACAGGCACAGGUGAAUCCUGUGGCACCUUUUGGUUUGUGUUAUGAUCCAAAAAAGAUUCUUCUACCUCUCCUUGUUGAGUUUGUGUUGGAUAAGCAUGAUGUUGCUUGGGCAAUUGAUUUUGAAAAUUUGUGGGCUGUGCAACCAAAUGGGGUUUAUUGUUUGGGUUUUGUGAAUGGUGGGUUGAAGCCUAAAGCUGUGAUUUCUAUUGGGAGUCAUCAAUUGGAAGAAAAUGUGUUGGUGUUUGAUCUUGUUAAAUCAAGGCUUGGGUUUAAUAAUUUCUUGAGGUUUUUUGAAAAGAAAGGAAUCCAUUGUUCUGAUCUCUUUGAUUUCACCAAUGCUCCAUAGAGAUAUGUAUAAUGUAUCUAUAUAGUAUAAGCAUCUACUUUGUUUUAUUGUUGUGUUAUGGUUAAUAAUAAUUCACCAAAUUGUCUUUUUAAUUAAAAAAAUGUAAGUUUGUAUAAUUGAUUUUCACUUUUAAAAUACUAAAUUUAUAAGAGAAUGUGAAUUUCACCA